GCAUCAAAGAUGGCGAAUGGUUAUUUUUGUUGUUUGGAAAUAACAAAUCAUUGUACGGUUUGUAAAUAUUUUUAAAUGCGUGCACUCGUUAUCCGCAUGAAAAGCACAGAAUAAUAUGAGCGAAGUGUAAACGAAAGACUAGAAAAUUACAAGACCUCCUUUGAGAUGCUUGUUAUCCACCAAUGAGAUAAAGGCUCUUAACCGUUAGCUUGUUCUGGGAACGCUAUGGAUUGCUCCGAACAGUGUAUCGUGUGAAUAACGUAUUUUUCGUGUCGUUGGAUGCAUUUUAUUUCCAGGUAACACUGAUUAAUAUCAGAUUAAGUAAAUCUGUUUGUUUAUAAUGCUUUUGGUGAAAUUAAUGCCUUAAAAUGUGUAACUUGACUGCAAAAUUGAAUCGACGUUGUCAUUCGUUGGUCACGUGACUAUACGAAAAGCUUAUAGCAACAAUGGCGGACAGAAAUAUUUUGAUUUUGAGAACUUAUACAAAUUAGUUAACCUCAUGCAAGGCCAUAUUGAUUUCAAAAAUAUAAUCAAGUGAUCUUUUUUGACGUUUUGUCGAAGUAAUAUCAUUUGGAUAUGUCUGGAAGAGGUAGAAGAGGCCGUGGUCGACCGCCUAAGAGAGCAGCCAUUUCGCAUAGGGCUAAUUUGCUAAAAAAACCCCGAUAUUUAUACGCUGGCUCCGGUAAUCAUGGUUCACGUCUACAGGCUAAACCAGGUGAAAGUAGUCCGUCACGUAGGGGAUCUCACGUGUAUUACCGUGGCAGAUUACGAGAAAAGUCAAACAGAGGACGCAAUUUUUUUUCAAAUAUUUUAGACUAUGAUGGAGAAGAUGAAAUUGACGAAAAUUUAUCUAGCGAUGAGAGUGAGUAUCAACAUGAUGAUGAAGUGGAAGAUGAAGGAAAUGAAUCUGAUGCAAGUUUUCCUGAAUCGGAUGAAUUAAGUGUUUACUCACAAAGUAGUUUCAGCACAAUAUCAAGCACAACACCAGCAAAAAGGAAAUGGUGUAGAAGAGCAACAACACCGAUUUUUCUUCAGGAUAGAGAAUUUCCAGAAUUAGUACUUCCAAAAUCUAGUGAUGAUUUAUUGCUAUCUAAAGAACAUCUUAUGCAAGCUUUGGGAGUUUAUGAAGUGCUUCGCCAUUUUAGAAACAUUUUGAGACUCACUCCGUUUUUAUUCGAAGAAUUUUGUGCAGCGCUUUCUUCUUCAGAUCAAACUGCAUUACUUUCUGAUGUACAUAUUAUGCUUUUAAAAGCUAUACUGCGAGAGGAGGAAGCACAGAGCACAAUGUUUGCUCCAUUAGAUAUGAGAGACACUGUGAAUAUUCAUUUUUAUUUAAUAGAUAGUAUGACAUGGCCAGCUGUGUUGCAAAUGUAUUUGCAAAGUGAUCCAGAAUACAAAGAUGUUCUCAAUGUUGUUAAAAAUUGUGAAUACCCAUUUACAUCUGUCAAAAAUCGUUUGAUAGUUCUAGAAUUUCUUUGUGAUAAUUUUCUCAUAACAUCCCCUGCCAGAGAUGAUUUAAUCAGUGAAGGUAUGAUAUACCACGAUGAUCAUUGUCGGGCCUGCCACAAGCUUGGAGAUCUUUUGUGCUGUGAAACAUGUCCAGCUGUUUAUCACUUAGCGUGCCUUGACCCUCCAUUAGAAGAAGUUCCAUCUGAAGAUUGGGUUUGUGUUAUAUGCAAAGCAAAUCAAGUUCCUGGAGUUACAGACUGUAUUUCAGAAAUAGAAAAAAAUAUGUUAUUGAGUCGCCAAGAAUGUUUAGGUAUGGAUCGUCAUGGACGAAAAUAUUGGUUCCUAUGUAGGAGACUAGUAGCGUAAGUAUGAC